AUGCAGUUAGGAGCACGGACAACGGAUCCGGGUUCUGCAACUGCUAACUCCGGCGUUUUAUCUAUUUUUGGCCGUUACAAAUGCAUGUAUCCUCAGACAUGCAAUCCAGCACGGUUUACUGCUUGUUGCUUCGACCUUGCUCUCGUGAGGUCUAGUACAGUUUCAAGUGAGGAUCCGUUGAGCAGGGCUGACAAGAUGGUCGACUGGGUUUGUUUUGUUGCUGCUAAUCGAGCAUUUCAGGCAAGAUUUGAUCUUUUUGUCAAUUUCUCUCCCAUCAGAGCUAACGGUCACGUGUUUGACGAAACCAAACUCUUUCCUGAUGCAGCCGAGGACAUGCUUCAACUGAAGACGCAGUUUCGCCAGCACUUCUAUAAUAUCUCACGCAUAAUGGAUUGCGUCCAUUGUGAAAAAUGCAAGCUCUGGGGCAAAAUCCAGACCCAAGGUAUGGGUACUGCGCUGAAGAUCCUCUUUUCGGGUGACAUCUACGAGCGAUCUGCGGACAAUGUCAUUCGUCGGAGGCCGGACUUUCAUCUGCGCCGAAGCGAUAUAGUAUCCCUGUUUCUCGCUUUCGGAAAGUAA